AUGUCCGCAUGGGCGAUUCCCCCAUUUGCUUGCUCCUCUUCUCUCCCUCAGGAGAAGCGGCUAUGUCUCUCCACGGCCGUCCAGGCGAUGCACAUAUGUCUCUACGCACCGCGCGUAUGUGCUUUGACCAAAACGGACGCCUCUCCCGUGAGUGCAGCGGACGUCGCCAUCCAAGCGACUGUCACACGCUCGCUCCGAGCCGCCUUCCCGCAGGACGCACUCAUCGCCGAAGAGGACCGUGACGUGGUGCUCGCCGAUCUCGCUUUGACGUUAGCCGCACAGGAAUUGCUGACGUUUGACGUGGCCGGCGCUCUUCAGGAGACGGACAGAGACGGGCAUGGGCGAUGCUGGACGCUCGACCCCAUUGAUGGGACUAAGGGAUUUUUGAGCGGGCGCGGGUAUGCUGUCGGAUUGGCUUUGCUGGCAGAGGCUGGAGCGGAAGGCGCGCCAGAGCCUUUAUUGGCGGCCUUAACGUUGCCGAGUGAGGGGAUUGCACUGCUUGCGGAGCCGGGCAUGCGUGAGCUGCAUGUGUAUGCAUUGGAUGGGGCGCUUGCCAAAGAGACGUUAGGCUCUGCUUUGGACAUAGACCGCUUCAAGCCAAGGCGCUUGAAGAAGCGUCAUCCGGGGAUGGAGCAUGUAUGGCUUCUAUCAGGAACCGAGGACCUGCAUCUCUCCGGGCGACCGCCUUGGACACAUCUAUGCUGUGGCAGUCUUGUCAAAUACGCAGCGGUAGCUCGCCAGCGCGCGUUCGCCUUUGUGCAAGUGUUGCCCGAGCGACACGCGCACGUGUGGGACCACGCGGCCGGUAUCGCGUGCGUGCUUGCGGCUGGUGGGAGGGUCACGGAUGAGAUGGGAGGGGAGGUGUUGCUCGGAUGCGGACAGCGGAAAGACGCGCUGAAGCUGCAGAGUGGCGAUGCCAUCGUGGCGACAGGGAAGGCGGUGAGUCAUCAGCGGGUUUGCGAGGAAGUGCGCGCAGCGCUGAUGGGGUGA